AUGCGUACCGGGCAGGUUUUUGUUAUCUAUCGUUCGACGACCGUUACCACGACGAAGACGAAAAUGCACCGUCGACCAGCAAAAGGUUCAUCUACGACUGGUGAUCAACGUAUAUGUACGAAAGAUAAUUGUUUAACAUGUUGCAAGAAAUUUACGGCAUUCAUGUUCUCUCGUGUCGGUCUGUUUUUCGUUAUGAUCGGUUAUGUCGCGCUCGGCGGAGGAUUGUUUCAAGCUUUGGAAGCUGGUAACGAACAGAUGAUGCGACAAUCGAUGAGUGAAGAAUUGAAUUCGACACUGUAUAAGUUAUGGAAUGUUAUUCUACGAGUUAAUUCAUUUCCUUACCAUGAUAAGAAGGGUAAUUUUACAUUAAAUGCUACGCAAGAAUUAGAAAAGUUCGAAGCUACUGUAAGGCAACAAGUAAGGAAAGGUUUUGAUGGCCGCACCGGACCUGACGCUGCGACCGACUGGAAUUAUUUUGGAGCUAUUCUAUAUGCUGUGACACUUGUCUCGACAAUAGGUACGUUGAAAGGGGAGAAUAUCGACUUAAGACUUGCUGAUUCAUUAGGUUACGGUCAUAUUACAACGAAAACUGUCUAUGGGAAGAUUGCUACCAUACUCUACAGCGCAUUCGGUGUACCAUUAAUGAUGUUAUUUGUGGCAAAUAUUGGCUCAACGAUGGCGAAAAUGUUUACGUUUGUAUUCAGUCGCCUAACGACAAUAUUUUGUUGUCGAUGGCGAAACAAAAAGCGGCGAAAAAGUUUCAGAAUCCGAGUAUCAACAAAUCAAAGCGCAAUUACUCUCGAUGAGAAACCCAUCCUCAAAUCAAAUAUCAAACUACCAACAUUGGAAACCAAACCUACAGUCGACGAUCAGCUAUUAAAGUCUUCUUCUUCGAUAAAUAUCGACUCGCCACCAACUCCUCCGACAAGCGAAACUCGAACUCCACCGUUGGAUCCGAAAUUACUACCAGCAGAUGUUCGUUUGAAUCUGCUAACAGGCGUGCCAACAGAAAUGACGAAAUCGCAUUCAGUGACAUCAUCAACAAAUUCAGUCAGUAAUCGACCAAAAGAUGCACUCAGUCGAAUUAAUGACUUAAUUAAACAAAGUUCCGUCCAUGAUAAUGAUGAUCAAGCAGCUGACAAUGUCAUUCACGAUAACAAACGCUUGUCGUUACCAUCAACCGAUCAGCAAGUCGUAAAUGAAGCUAACUCAAUACAGUUCUAUAUCAACGAAACCGAAAAGUUGACAAAUAAUUUAGAAAAUUCCAUUCAUAGUUCAACAUUGAAUAAAACAGUACCUGAAAAGAUUAAUAUUACUAAUUUAGACGAUAUCGAUGUUCAACAAAUUCCUACUCCCGAUGUUACUUUGCCUUCGCCAGAAACAACAAAUCCUAAUGGAUCGACAAUAGCAGCCGAAAAUGAUAUCCAGAAGUCAGCGGCAAAAAAGAAACUAAAACGUUCCAAAUCUGAAUUGACACAUAAUCGCAAAAUACGUGUUCAAUCGCCAAAUACUUCAGAGACGGCAGUUACCGAUGAUCGCGAGCCAGUUAAAUCCUGUCGUCGACGAUUUUUCUUACGUCGUUUGAAAAAACAAUCAGCACUCGACGACGACAUCCACAAAACAAGUUCAUUAGAACAGAUUUCAAUUGGUAUCUCCAAUAAAUCUGUUAGUAAUCUACCACGAAAGUCUCAAAGUUUCAAUGAAGGUCUACGUUCAUUAUCUCCUCCGCCUGAAUACGAAGAAUCGGCUACGCUUGACAUUACACCUUCGCCGACGGUCACAUGGAAAGCCGACCACGACUUGCAUUCAACAAAACUUCCAUUCGAGUAUCCAACACAUCAACAACUCGACGAAGAAGAAGAAGAGUUUUACGAAGAUGAACAGAUGAGUGUACCAUUACUCGUCACAGUUUUUGUCAUUCCGCUCUAUUUAACUCUCGGCGCUAUUUUAUUCAAUAUUUGGGAAAAAUGGGGUUUUCUGAAUUCAUUCUAUUUUUGUUUUAUCACAUUAACUACAAUCGGUUUCGGAGAUUUCGUGCCAGGCUCAUCGUUAACAGUGUCAGCCGCUAAGGAAAAGCUGAUUUCAGCAGCUCUCUACAUUUUACUUGGUCUCGUACUGAUCGCCAUGUGUUUUAAUUUAAUGAAAGAACAGUUAAGCCAAAAAGUCAAGCAAGUCGCUGGUAAAUGGGGUAUAUCAGAAUUUUAA